CCGUUUUCGCCACCCCUCCCUAUUAUUAUUAUUAUUUUAAAGAUUCAUCGUUGUCAAGCCGCCAAAGUGGAGAGUGUGAUUGCAGAAGGGGGUGCUUCUCGUUUCAGGUAUGUUCUUCCCUCGGUAGGAAACCCUUUAGAAAAUGAGGGGACACUUCCAAAUAGCUACUGACACAAUGGGGUUUCAUCAGCAGCAUCCACUCUGUGCUGUGAUAUUUGUUCAUCAUACCCCAGCCUUAAGCUGUAUGGAAGUACAUAGCUAGUACAUUAUUGCGUGCAGCCCGUUGCCGAUCAGAAGCUACCCACCCAAAUGGAUCAGUAUGCUGCUGCCCUUAAAUCAAAUGUUAUUGGUCACAUAUACAUAUUUAGCAUAUGUUAUUGUGGGUGUAGCAAAAUGCACCAUAGUACAGCAAUCCAACAGUAUAGUCUCUGCCCCACAGAGAUCUUCCAAACAUGUCACUUGACAUUGAUGUCAUCCAAAGGCUUCAGGGUCAGGUCAGGAGGCUGUCAAACCACAUUCAAAGCCAUGACUAAAACAUUGGUAAAACUGACACUGUAUAACAUAAAAUAGUAUAGCACUGACUGUGAUAAGAUUAUUACUCCUCUCUGAAUGUGCACAAUGUCAUACCAGCCAGCUCCCAAACAAUUGACCAUGACAAAUGUUUUGUGUCCUCUCUGUAUGUUGGCAAUUGUAAUUAGCAAUGUUUAUACAUAAAGAUUGCAGGGUCACUAAAACGCCACCACCAUUUCGGAUGUACUGAUAUUGAAAUCUGCACCACACCCUGAGCUUUUUGGUUUAGGUGGAACCAGGGAUGGCAAGAUUGAAUUUCUCUGUAUUUCCACCAUUGUUUCACAGUCAAUAUUGCAAUGAAUCGUUAUGACUUGUGAACAUAUGUUUAUUUGGCCUCACUGGCUUACCCAUCCAGGGGUAGGCUAUGUUAUCCCAAGAAUGUGAUCUGCCUAAUGUGAUAAUUAGUAAUAAUGUAUGUACUUGCUUUCCAUGAAGAUUAAGACCGUGGAUAUUAUGCAACAAGAAUGGCUUCAGCAAAGCAAAAACAAGGAAAAGUGGGUUACUCUUUAUGCUCAAAAUGUUGAAUGUAAAUAAUAAGUGUUCCGAUCCACAGUGGUGAUAUUACUAUGGUGAUGAUAACACGGUCCUAUGUCAAUCCAUUGUGAUUUGUCAUAUCUUUAUGGCUGACAUAGGCCUAUGUGUUUCCAGAUUCUCCUUGACAGUAACAGUGGUAACUUAAGCUUGAAGUAGGCUAAAGUCCUGAUGACAACAGAGCCUUGUAUCCAAAUAUAAGGCUCUGGGUGACUAUGUAUUGACAUCUUGGGGAACCAACCGUGUGGUGCUUAAAUCACAAGCACUUUUUUAGCUUACACUUACAGGACAUUAUUGGAAUAUAGAGGGGUGUGAAGCUGCUAGCAACUUUUUCAAUUAGUAAAACAUUGACAAUUCCUGUGCAAUGGUCUUGCAUACUGAAUGUUGUUCUCUUUUUAUCCUAACAGUGCUUCUUCGGGGGGAGGAGGUGUUAGGGGUGCACCUCAGCACAAUCCCAAGACUGUCGGCAACAGGUAGGCCUACCACACAGGCAUGAUUCCCAGAAGCCAUCCCUAAGAAGGAUCCACAAAUAAUAAACUCUGUGCAGGAGCCAUCUUCCCCGUUUGAGCUAUAAGGCUUUUUUUGUAUGUCAACUAGAGGCCUAUGUGUCUGAGUGGAGUUUAUGCUCUUUGGAAUGAUACAUGUAAUCCUCAGUGUGUUUUCUGUCACCUUUAUGUACUGGUGGCCAGUGUGAUCUCUUGGUGCCGGAGCUCAACAGUCUCCUUUCUCUUUUACUCCAGCGAGUUCCUGGGGAAACCCCCAGGGCACAGCGCUCCGAAAUGGGUUCCUUCACGAAGCACUAGACGAGAUGCCAACUCCAGCAAUGAAAAAGAGCGACACGAUGCAAUCUUCAGGAAAGUGAGGGGGUAAGUCAGUGUCAAGGAACGCAAUUUGGUCACCAAUUGGUUUAAGCGUAAUCACCUCACAAGAUGUUCUCAGUGUGUGAUUUGGUUUUAUGCUUUGUGCCCUUGGUGCCUGCAUGAGCAUAUGCUUCUCUAUCAGGUGAUGUUUACAAGAGCAGAGAACUGAAAGUCUUUCAUUUGGCUAACAAGCAAAGCUUGUUGCUUUCUCAACUCCUCUUGAUUAGGCAUGUACCCCUGACUUGACAUUUUCCUGUUCUUUCCCCUCUUUCCUUUCCCCGCUCCUCCUCUUCUCCUCCAUAGCAUACUCAACAAGCUCACGCCUGAGAAGUUUGACAAGCUAUGCCUUGAGCUACUGAACGUGGGCGUAGAUACAAAACUCGUCCUUAAAGCAAUCAUCUUGCUGGUAAGUAAGGCUCUGUUUCCCCUUAACUGUCUGCUCUUUGCAAAUGUGUUUCAUAAUUCCCUGGCAUCCUCCAUGUAUGACUCAUAUAAUUUUUUUAAAUAGUCUUCUUUCUCUCUCUCCUCCCUCCUGUCCAGAUUGUAGACAAAGCCUUAGAAGAGCCCAAGUAUAGCUCGCUCUAUGCUCAGCUAUGUCUGCGUUUGGCAGAGGACGCACCAAACUUUGAUGGCCCUUCAUCUGAGAUCCAAACAUCCCAAAAGCAGAGCACUGUAAGCAUCAAGUUUGGAUAUAUUUUUUCCACUCUGUAUUUUCCUUACAGUUCUGUCUUUUAAUCAACUUGUGUGGUAAUCUUUAUGUGUUGUACGUUAGCGUCUAGAAAAUACAAUAUUUAUUUUCUUAAUGUCCAAGUGCCUAUAUAGAAUGUCACUGGUCCUGCUGUUCGAUCACAAAUGUUGUCCUGAUUUUGCAGACCUUCAGAAGACUUCUAAUUUCCAAGCUUCAAGAUGAAUUUGAAAACCGCAGCAGAAAUGUUGAAAGUGAGUACUACUACUCUCGUACACGGCUCGUUUGGAAAAAGGCAGACCACCCAUUAACUCACCGUUGUACUUGUACUAACUCAUUUUUUCUUCCCCUAGUCUAUGACAAACAUGACAACCCUCUUACUUCUGAGGAGGAGGAGCAGCGUGCCAUUGCCAAGAUCAAGAUGCUUGGAAACAUUAAAUUCAUCUCGGAACUUGGCAAACUCGACCUCAUCCAUGAAUCUAUCCUUCAUAAGUGCAUCAAAACAGUACGUUCCACCAUUUGUCUAGUUCUUUUGGAUUUUGUUUUGCAUACCUUUUUUAUCAUUGUUUGACAACUUCCGAUACAACUUUGUCCUUGAAUGAGUUCUGCUAUGCUUGACAGUCUUCAUAGUUCCAUUUUCGACUGGCACGGGUCACUUGUUUAACACUGUCAUCCCCCUCCCCCCAGCUUUUGGAAAAGAAGAAGAGAGUCCAGCUCAAGGAUAUGGGGGAGGAUGUGGAGUGCCUCUGUCAGAUAAUGAGAACAGUGGGGCCUAGACUCGACCAUGACAAAGCUAAGGUACGUUCUCUUUUCCUCUAUCAGUCUGGCUGUAGUUCCUACUGCUCCUCUUGGCACACAGCCAAGCAGUAUGUCUCUCUCAUGUAUGUGUGUCUCGCUCUCUGUCAUGACAUAACUGUUAAUCUCUUCCCCCAGUCUUAAAUCAAUCAGUACUUUGGCCCAAUGCGAUUGUGAGAGUGUAUGUGCCUGUCUCCUAACACCACUGUCCAUCUCCCCAGUCUUUAAUGGACCAGUACUUUGGCCGUAUGCUAUCCUUAAUGAACAACAAGGAGUUGCCCGCCAGGAUCCGCUUCCUGCUGCAGGACACUGUGGAGCUGCGGGACAACAACUGGAUCCCCCGCAAAGCAUUCAUCGACAACGGACCAAAGACCAUAAACCAGAUCCGCCAGGAGGCAGUGAAAGUGAGUUCAGAUCAAAUAAAAUUGUAUUUGCCACAUGCGCCGAAUACAACCGGUGUAGACCUUACAGUGAAAUGCUUACUUACAAGCCCUUAACCAACAAUGCUGUUCUAAGAAAAUAAAAGUGUUAAAAAUAGCAAAUAAUUAAAGAGCAGCAGUAAAAUAACAGUAGGGAGGCUAUAUACAGGUGGUUUCGGUACAUAGUCAAUGUGCGGGGGCACCGGUUAGUCGAGGUAAUUGAGGUAAUAUGUACAUGUAGGUAGAGUUAAAGUGACUAUGCAUAGAUAAUAAACAGAGUAGCAGCAGCGUAAAAGAGGGGGUGGGUGGGGGGGGCAAUGCAAAUAGUCCGGGUAGCCAUGAUUAGCUGUUCAGGAGUUCAGCUGUUUAGAAGCCUAUUGGACCUAGACCUGGCACUCCAGUACCGCUUGCUAUGUGGUAACAGAGAGAACAGUCUAUGACUAGGGUGGCUGGAGUCUUUGACAAUUUUUAGGGCCUUCCUCUGACACCGCCUGGUAUAGAGGUCCUGGAUGGCAGAAAGCUUGGCCCCAGUGAUGUACUGGGCCGUACGCACUACCCUCUGUAGUGCCUUGCGGUCGGAGGCCGAGCAGUUGCCAUACCAGGCGGUGAUGCAAGUUAGUGUGGACCGGACUGAAACUAUGGACUGUGAGAGUCUGUCGUUCAAUCUCAAUCUGUCUUUUUGAGAUUCAUUGCUUCCUCGCCUCCGUGGUCUCUCAGGCCAAACUACAGUUGCUACAGCAACCCUAGGCUUGUUUAUAACUGGAGUUUCCUGGCAACCCCACCAUGUCUCUCUUUUAAAAGCAACCAGAGAAAAUCGGUCUUCUGAGUGAUAACAUGCUUCCAUUAGUAGAUGUCAGGAGUCGCUCAGUGCAUCUAAGAGUGAUGGACUGCAGAGAAUGCCCAUGGCUAUAUAGCUACAGCAUCAAUAACCAACAAAUACGUUGUGUUUCAGGCCUUUUUGAGCCCAGCUCAUUGGAGUGUCUAUUUUCUCCCUCCACAGGAUUUGGGUGUUUUCAUCCCAGCGACCAUGGCUCAGGGGAUGAAAAUGGACUUCUUCCUGGAAGGCCCCUUCAUGCCCAACCGCAUGAAAAUGGAGACUCUCGGGGGAUUGGCUGACAUGUUUGGGCAAAUGCCAGGUAGGUGUGGGCUUAGCUUUGUAUAGCUCCCUGUCUGGGGCCAUGUUCAGUUGUCGAAUGUUGCAAAUAGAAUUGCCGACAUGAUUCCUUGUUCUAUAUGUCAGAGAGGCAUGUUUGUUCUACAUCAGGGGUUCUCAAACUGAGGUACUGCAGGGUGUCUGCGGCCAGAUAAAAAAAAAAAGAUGUGUGUAUUAAAAACAAGUGAGUCUGGUCUGAAUCCGAAAAGGGAAGGAAAUUCACAUGAGCACCACAAUGCUCUACCAAUGUUUUCCAGCACACAGCUUUGACCUACUACAGUAGCUAUGUUGGUAUUGUGUUUCAAACUGUGUAUGCAGGUUGCAUAGGAUUCAAACCGUCUCAGCAUAGCUACUGUAGUAGGUCAGCUGUGUGCUGGAAAAACCUUGGUAGAGCAUGGGUGGAAUAGGCAUUGUGGUGCUCAUGUGAAUUUCCUUCAGACCAAUGCAUAUUCUCACUUAAAACAUAGUUGUUUGAUUUCCAUGGGUUUUUCCCCCGGAAGGUAAUUAAUGCGACAUUAUACUACAACAUCACACAGCAGUAAAAGUAAACAAUGACGAGAAAUGUAGUGAUUUUCCAGAGGGAAGCGGAAAACCAGAAACCCAUUUCAGCCAAUAUGAAGUAAACUGGGGAAACAUUCCCUGAUCUCUCUCUUAAGACAAUCGAGCAAGCUUCUGGAAAACACAAAUAAUAAUGUACCCGUUGACUAUUUACAUGAAAAUGUACCUUAUAGUUUACUGAAGAAAGUACUACGUUACCUGUAAACAAAAGUGAGUUAUCACUAAAUAUAAAAUGUACAACCAAAUGUACAUUCAUCAGAUAUAGUCAACUUUGUAAAUAUAAUUCAGGGAUGGCCACAAUUGCUCUUGACAAGCUACUGGUUUAUGCAGGCUUUUUUGAACAGCUGAGGUCUUGAUGAACAGCUGAGUAGGAGAAUUGGGUGUGGUAGCACUGUGCUUGAACAAACAACCCUGCAUAACCCUGUGGAUCGUCAAGCAAUUUUGAUAACUCCUAAUACAAACACUGUAACGAAUGACAAACUCUUAAGAAAAAUGAUACAUGUUUACAAAUUGGAUAGGUGAUCUAAACCCUUGAAUACGAAACUUCAGCUGCAAAAGUCCUAAGGACAGCUGUGUACAGCAUUACAACUCCAGUAAAAGACCACACAUGUCCUCAUUUAUAAAUGGCAGUAUAAAUAUGAAAGUACUCACAGAUUUGGAACAGAACAUAUAUUUUAGGUAUUGAUAGUGUGCGAAGUACCAUGUGGGUCCCUGAUGAAUAUGCUAUCACAAAAGGGGUCCCCGGACCCAAAAGGUUUGAGAACCCCUGUUCCAGAUGACACAUUUCUAUCUGAGCGUUCCAAAACGUUGCCCUGCUAAAUGCCCCACUGGUCUCGUCUGUUAAACACUAAUUGUCUGACAGUGUUUGAGGGGAGCAUUUCUGCUGAUCAGCACUUUAAAACGGUGACAGCCAGAUGUCAUUUUGUCACUCCUCCUAAACUGUCUCAGGCGGUGGGAUUGGGACGGGCCCGGGGGUCAUUCAGGACCGGUUCUCUCCCACUAUGGGCCGUCAUCGCUCCAACCCGCUCUACAACGGCAACAGCAGCCACAACACCGCCCCCCAACCACAGUCGCAGUUCGAAAUGGGCGCCAACAAGCCCUUCAUCAAGUCCAACCAGGUAAUCUAGCAGCCUUGAUGCUUAUCAAACUAGCAGUAAAUCAUCGGAUCUGAUUAGCUAAUUUGAUUUAAUGCAGUUUUAAUGUUUUUAAGAACAGGAGCGUGUUGGCCAGAUUCAUGGUUUAGUCAACCUUCAGCAUAGAUAUAACACUGUUUUCAGGGCAUGUAUCCACAACAGAGAUGAUCUGUCCUUUCUUCCUGCUUGUGGAAAGGAAACAUGUUACACUUCCCGCUACUGCCACCUAUUGAUGCUCUUUGUCUGGUCUGUAUCCAGGUGCAGAAUCAGCAUUUUCAGAACCAGAACCAGCAGGUCCAGUCCAACAAGGACAUGCCUCCACGCUUCAGCAAGAAGGGACAGCUCAACCUAGACGAGGUACAGGAACCCACCACCCGUCUGGCCGCAUUCCUAGUCAGAGGAAAACCGCUCUGACUAUAGAGUACAAGUUAAAACACUGCUGGUUUGCCUGACUGAGAAUAAGCCUAGUCCUGGAUUAAAAAGCAUUCUCAUUGUAGAAUUUCCAUGGAGAGUGUAGGCCCCGUGUAGCUCAGUUGGUAGAGCAUGGCGCUUGCAACGCCAGGGUUGUGGGUUCGUUUCCCACGGGGGUCCAGUAUGAAAAAAAUUAAUAAAAAUAUGUGUCUGCUAAAUGACUAAAAUGUAAAAAAUGACUGUGUAGUCCAGGACUCAAUUUAAUCUGUGUCCAUGAAACCAGCCCUAAACGUCUUAUUGUAAAGGAAGACAUUUGUUCCAUGGUGUUUUUGGUCUACUCAAAGCAAGCAGACUAUAAAAAUAUGCGUUAUUCUGAGGAAUAAAACUUACUCCCUCCAUCCUGCUCUUCUCUCUACAGCAGGUAUCUGGUCCAUUGACUGCGAUUGAGACAUGAGGGCAUGACAUUCUGCUAAUCUCAGAAUAUCUUCCUUUCUAAGAUGCCAUGCUAACCUUUCUGCUACCGUUUCCCCUCACAUCGCCCCUCUCUGCGUUGUAGAUCAGCCUGAGACCGGCACAGUCUUUCCUCCUCAACAAGAACCAGGUUCCCAAACUGCAGCCCCAGAUCCCCACUAUGAUCCCCCCCAGCACCAACACCCCUCCUAUGGGACAGGUAAGACAGAGCACAGCAAAAACCCUCACCUUUUUUAACCCCCCAGCAUUCCAAACUGUGUUUGGGGUCAAUUUCAGUUUCCUUGAAUUGAAAUGGAAUUGACCCCAACCCUGAUUCCAUCUGAGGUUUUGGGGGCUUGUCCUGUUGGAUGUUCCAGUGUAGUUGACCUAGGCUUCUCCCUUCUCUCCCAGUCUCCACAGCUCGGCCUCAAAAGCAACCCUCUUCCCAUUCAGGAGAAACCUCAGAAGACCAGCAAGAAACCACCGCCGGCUAGGGAAGAGCUGCUCAAAAUGACAGUAGGCAACCAUUUUGUACUCGUGUGACUGACAAAUAUGAUAAAACCUUAUGCAACGGUACUGUUUCCUAAAAUGUAGAUCUCAUUGGUAUCAUGAUGCUUUAUUAUUAUGACAUACCAUUGGCACUGAUGCAACUCUAACGAGGCUCGCUUUCAACCCCCCUUUAGGAGACAGUUGUGACAGAGUACCUGAACAGCAAGAACAUUGAUGAAGCUGUGAACGGCAUCAGAGAAAUGAAGGCUCCCAAGCACUUCCUGCCGGAGAUGCUGGGUAAGGUCAUCGUGGUGUCGCUGGACCGGUCUGACGACGACAAGGAGCACGUCAGCACCCUCAUCCACACACUACGUACCGAGGGCCUCAUCACCGGGGAGAACUUCAUGCAGGUACGUGUCUUCAGUUAGCAAGUGGAUUACAGUUAGUUCUACAGUACAUUCACUAGGAGAUGAUUGUCUGAUUCUCUGUCCAUGUUACUUUUGGAAUAGCAUCAGUGAUGUAAAAUACACACAACUAGGAUUUAGUUUGGCAGACGUGGGUCAAAUUGUCAUACUUUUAAUGUGCUUGAUAAAGCUUUGUUUUCCUCUCACCAAUGUCUUUGGCCUGACUUUAUUGGUCUCUCUCCCUCCAUCACUUCUUAGGCUUUCCUCAACGUGCUGGACCAGUGUCCUAAGAUCGAGGUGGAUGUUCCCCUGGUCAAGUCGUACCUGGCCCAGUUUGCAGCCCGUGCCGUUAUAUCUGAGCUGGUGAGUGUGGCUGAGCUGGCCCAACCUCUGGAGAACGGCACCCACUUCCCCCUCUUCCUGCUCUGCCUGCAGCAGACUGCCAGACUCAAGGACAAGGAGUGGCUCACUGACCUCUUUCAACAGAGCAAGGUCAACAUGCAGAAGAUGCUACCCGGUAGGUAGACAACCCUCCUUCCUACAUACUCCCGCUAAAGGCGCUUCAGUGACUGAAAAUGUCUUUCAGUUCACUGUGAUGAUACAUUUGUCAUGUGAUCAUUAGGCUAACUGUACUUGAUAUCACAGAUGACCAACGAAAGACUGCUGAUACUGUUCACAUUGUGAUCAUUAGAGACUGCAGCACAUUCAUCUUCCAUGUAAGUGACGCUAUGGCUAAUCUGACCGGUCUGUCCGUUCUGGUCCUCCAGAGAUAGACCAGAACAAGGACCGCAUGCUGGAGAUCCUGGAGGGUAAGGGCCUGAGCUUCCUGUUCCCCCUGUUGAAGCUGGAGAAGGAUCUGUUGCUGCAGAUCAAGGCUGACCCCUCUCCCCAGGCCAUCUACAAGUGGAUCAAAGACAACAUCUCCCCCAAGCUCCACACCGACAAGGGCUUUGUCAACAUCCUCAUGACCAGGUAGGUACUGAUCCUCCAGGAUGGAGACUGCUUUUUAAUUCGGCUGUAUUUAGACUGCUUAUGGUUGAAUAAAGGUAUUUCUUCAAGGCUCAAGCCCAAUAUUGUCACAAUAUAGAAUCAUCCUUUCAAGCAGUAAAAAAAAAAAAAGUAUACUUUCAUUUACCCUGGGGUGGGGCAAGACACAAAUAGUCCCAGAAGUCUACAUUUAUAUUUCACCCUGCUCUUACUGCUGCCGCCCACUCUAAGACACUUCCCCUCUCCUCCCAGCUUCCUGCAGUACAUCUCAGGGGAGCUGUGUUGUGUAGAGGGGGAGGGGGAGGAGGAGGAGGAGGAGGAGGAGGAGGGCAGUGGUGGAGAGGAGCAGGCGGCGGGGCCUUCCAAAGAACAGCUUGACCAGGAGAAGCAGCUGCUGCUGUCCUUCAAACCAGUCAUGCAGAAGUUCCUACACGACCAGCCCCAGCUGCAGGUCUCCGCCCUGUACGCCCUGCAGGUGCACUGCAACGCCAGCCACUUCCCCAAAGGUAGGUUAACUGCCCCACACCACUGGCCACACCACUGAAUCAUUUGGUGUCAAUGUGGUGGAAACCCGUUCACUUGUUUGUUUUCCUUCAGUGAUCAAGAUUUGAAUCUAUUUAAUAGUUUUUGGACAUGGGAGUAGGAUAUUCUACUGUCUUGACUAUGUCUCUGCUGCAUACUGUGGUAGAGAUGUCAUGGUGUAUUGUAUUUAUUUCAGGCAUGCUGCUGCGCUACUAUGUCCACUUCUACGACAUGGAGAUCAUUGAAGAAGAAGCCUUCCUAGCAUGGAAAGAAGAUAUUACCCAAGAAUUCCCUGGAAAAGGAAAAGCUUUAUUCCAGGUAAUUGUUUUGGAAACAAUCUAACGUUUGACCCAUGGGUAGCUAAUACACUUAAACAUGUGGACCCAGUCCUUAAUUCUCCUGCGAGUAAAUCAUGCAAGUCUUUAUGCUAGCAACCACAACAGGGCUGCUUUCAGUUGGUGGAAAGCAUGUUGAAACUGAGUGAAACGGGGAGGUAGCCUACUACCUGAACUUGUCCAAUAACACUGAUUUUCGUUAUCCUUUGCUUAACAUUUUGCUACACUGCCUUAACAUGACCCUGUAUAACUUUCUCCCCUGUUAGGUCAACCAGUGGCUAACCUGGCUGGAAACAGCUGAGGAAGAGGAGUCAGAAGAAGAGGCUGACUGAGAAACCAACCAGAACCGUCAGGCACCAUAGAGUAGUGAAACAUACUUUAACAUACAGUACAGAUAUCUGUUACCACCAUCACCUCCCCUAUUAUUAAACUCCUACCGAACAUAACCACUGCCAGAGACUGCUUAUGUCCUGCAAUAUAAAGCCAAGCAUGUUAUCAGGGCAUAUUAGAUAACCAUCUGUCUCUGUGUUCUAUAUAGGCUAGUGAAGCCUGUUUUUAUAGUACCUUCCCUUUCACCUUAAUGGUUGAUUUUGUUUUGGGUCCUGUUUCUGCAAUAUGAGUUGAAUGUAGCCUAUGGACUGACUCAAACUACAUCUGUACUUUUGUAGGUUUACUCCUACUGUGACCACGUAGUUAGUUUGGCUAUAUUUACUCAUUGUGACAGCAGUAUUGCAUUUCUGCUAGGUAUUAUUUAUAAUCCCCUUUGAAGAAAAGGCUUGUAUUUGACACCAGUUUUAGCCUUCAAGUAUUUUCCCUAAAGGCCAUCCAAAAGAUGCCCAAUCUAGACAGUGAGUCAACUUUAGUAAACCAUGGAUUUUGUGUGUUUGAUCAACUGACGCUUAUC